AUGGCAAGUCAGCAACUCGCCACCGGUGCCCUUUUGAGAUAUUUACAUGGAAAUACUGAAGAAAAAGCGAUAUUACAAGUCGUUGGCAUCAAAACGAUUGAUAGUAAAACAGACGAUCCACCGACUGGUACUAAACGUUAUCGUCUAAUGUUAUCCGAUGGAAAAAGCACAUUUUCGUCUUGUAUGCUGGGCACACAAAUGAAUCAUUUAAUUGACAACCAUUCAUUGAAAGAGAAUUCGAUCAUUCGCAUUCAACGCGUUAUGGUGAAUACAAUUGACAAGCGAACUGGACGAGUUAUGCUAAUGAUUUAUGAACUGGAGGUCGUCGAAAGUGAUUCUAAACGAAUUGGAGAUCCAGUUGCAUUACCACUAAGUGAUAUUAUUAAUAGUGGUAGUAGCUCCAAUCUUUCAGCAACAGCAAGUAAUAGAUCUGCACCUGCAACAACUGCCGCACCGCCGUCAACGACGAACGUUACUCAUCAAGGUUCCACAACGUUAGAUGAUCGUAAUACUCCGAAGAAAACAACUAGUGACAGUACUUGUGCAACAUCGAAAGGAAACAAUGCGAUCGAUAAAGAACGUAUUACCAAUAUUGAUAAACUCAAUCCUUACAUGAACAAAUGGACUAUCAAAGCCCGUGUAAGCAGCAAAACUCAGAUUCGAACUUAUGAGAACCCACGUGGUCCUGGAAAAUUAUUCAGUUGUGAUUUCGUCGAUCAAUCAGGUGAAAUUCGUGCAACAGCGUUUAAUGUAGAAUGCGAUAAAAUCUACCCGUUACUAGAAGUUGGCAAGGUUUACUAUAUAGCACGAGCAUCGCUCAAACCAGUGAAUCGUCAAUACAAUAAAUUGAAUAACGAUUUUGAAAUGACAUUCAAUUAUGAUACAUGUAUCGAAGCAUGUGAUGCAGGAGAGGGUGAUAAUAUUCCUCAGAUACAAUUUAAUUUCAUUCCAAUUAGUGAAGUAGCAAACCGAGCUGCAAAUAGCGUCUGUGAUGUUAUUGGCGUCGUUAAAAGUACGUCAGAUAUUCAAACAAUUAUGGGGAAAACGUCACAGAAAGAAUUCCAUAAACGUGAUAUAUUAUUAGUUGAUGAAAAUGCUUCCAUCACAGCUACUUUAUGGGCGAAACAAGCUGAAGAAUUCGAUGGUUCGUCACAUCCCGUCAUUGCCUUCAAAGGUAUCAAAGUUGGUGAUUACAACGGCCGAACAUUAUCCAGUGUAAAUAGUACGUUAAUUUGCCAAGAUCCACCGGAAACGUCACGUACUAUGGAACUUCGAGUCUGGUUUGAUCGAGAAGGAAAAACAAUGGAUUUACCUGAUCUAUCCAAAGGAUCAGAUGUAGCGAAUCGACAAGCACCCUUCAAGACUUUAGCACAGAUUAUUGCUGAAGGUCUUGGCCGAGGUGAUAAACCUGACUAUAUCAAUGUGAAAGCACUGCUUACAAUAAUUAAGAAAGAUUCCGCCGUCUAUAUGAUGUGUCCUGAGAAAGGAUGUGGAAAGAAGGUCGUGGACGAGAAUAAUGGAAUGUAUCGAUGUGAAAAGUGUAAUAAAAAUUAUACGAAUUUCGAAUGGGCUUAUAUGCUCUCGGCGGAAAUCUCUGACGCAACUGGAUCGCAAUGGAUAAAUAUCUUUUGUCACGAAGCUGAAGCAUUGCUUGGUAUUUCUGCUAAAAAAUUUGGCAGCUAUCGAAUGAAUCAAAAUGAAAGUAUUAUUGAUGAUGUAGUGAACAAAGCAAUGAAGCAUGAACGAGUUUUCAAACUUCGCGCAAAAGUUGAUCAAUUCAAUGAGGAGCGAAAAGUUCGUUUUACAUGUAUUCAUGUCAGUGAUGUUGAUUGGGCGCCCAACGCACGUCGAUUAAUCGAUGAAAUCAAACAAAUGGAACCGAUGUUACUUUAG